AUGUGUACAUGUGAAAAGGAGAAAGUAACGAAAAAGAAAGAGGCGAAGAAAAACUGGGAUUCAUCGGGCAGCGAAGAGGAUGGGGAGGCAGCAAGAACGGCCAAGAAGGAAGCGAAGAAGGCAGUUGCGCAGGCAAACGCGAGUGCAGUAAAUGACAUCUACGAAGAAUUGGAAACACCGGUGGGAGUGAAAAAGACCUAUAAGUUGGCGAAAAGGCGAAAUAAAGCAAAUAAAGACCUUACACAAAUAAAACAGAUUAAAGAUGAGGAAGGAUGCGUACUAAGUGAUGAGACAGAAAUAAAGAAUAGCUGGAGGGUAUAUUUCGAAAAGCUUUUGAACGAGGAGAAUGAGAGAAGGGUUUUCGUAGAAGGGGGCAGCGAACGAGAGGGAUGCACCUGA